UUUCAAGAUGGCGAAGGACCUGGACGAGCUCUUGGAUGAAGUCGAGUCCAAAUUUUGCAGACCAGACCCACCGAGACUGGGCAUGGUCGAGCGGCCCAGAGGCUGCGGCGGUGGCAUUCUCAGCAAUGACCGGAACCGAGCCGAGGCGAAAGAGACUCUCAGAUCAGCAGAAACAUUUGAGAAAGAAGAUGAUCUUGACAGUCUUAUUAAUGAAAUAUUUGAAGAACCCAACUUUGACAAAAAACCCUUUAAAUUAAAAUCUAAAUCUUCAGGUAACACAUCUGUCAGAGCUUCCAUUCAAGGCCUUGGUAAAAGUUGCAGCCCAGUGUACCUUGGUGGAACCGCUGCUCCGUGUGGAAUUGGAACAAAUACUUCACAGAGAGCAUGUGAUCAUCUGCGUUGUAUAGCGUGUGAUUUCUGGGUAGUAAGCUACGAUGACUACAUGUGGGACAAAUCAUGUGAUUAUCUGUUUUUCAGAAACAACAUGCCAGAAUUCCACAAAUUAAGAACAAAGUUGGUAAAGAAGAAAGGAACACGAGCAUAUGCCUGCCAGUGUAGCUGGAGAAGUAUUGAAGAUCUGACUGACCUUCAGACCGAUCAACAGCUUCGCUGGGUUUGUGGUAAACAUUAAGAACGCAGACUU